AUGGGUAUCCCAGGGCUCAUCCACGCCAUCGGCAAGGGAGAGCGGAUCUCUCUGUCAAAAUUAGCUGUCACCCAUUUGGAGCGAACAGCUAGACCCAUUCGAGUGGCAGUCGAUAUUUCAAUCUGGCUCUUCCAGGUUCAAGCCAGUCGCGGUGGAAAGAAUCCCGAAUUGCGCACACUUUUUUUCCGACUUUUGAAGCUUUUGGCGUUGCCAGUACAUCCCCUCUUUGUCUACGACGGGCGCCAGAAACCUCCCUUCAAGAGGGGAAAGGCGGUGUCUCCGCGUAGUUAUGGCAAUGCUCCAAUCAUUCAGCGCUCUAAAGAGCUUAUUGAGCGAUUCCGGUUCCCCUGGCAUGAGGCCCCUGGUGAAGCGGAAGCCGAAUGCGCGAGAUUGCAGCAAGCGGGAAUCGUCGACGCGGUUAUGAGCAACGACGUUGACGCGCUCAUGUUUGGAUCGACCCGCACCAUAAUGAACUUCUCGAAAGAGAGUGGAACUGGAACAGCCGCAUCGACCCACGUAACAUGCUAUCACCUGGGGAAUGACGACCACGAGUCCAAUGUGCCUCUAAGUCGAGCAGGCAUGAUUUUGUUUGCUAUGCUUAGUGGCGGGGAUUAUCUUCCCGGUGGUGUUCUAAAGUGUGGACCUGGAUUGGCGGCAGAGAUCGCCAAAGCUCACUUCGGCGAAGCUUUACUUGAAGAACUUGCGUCGCAUUCCCCCAAUAUAGACACGCGCCUCGGCGAAUGGCGUGAUCGCCUUCAAUAUGAAUUGGAGGAAAACGAGAGUGGCUAUUUCACGACUAAGCACAAGGCUGUUCGCAUUCCCGACACUUUCCCUGACCGCACGAUCUUAGAGUAUUACGCGGAACCAAAAGUCUCCACAGAUCAAGAAAUGGCUACAUUAAGACUCAAUCUAAGGCACGCCUGGGAUCGCGAAAUUGACCCUCUCGCAAUCAGAAGAUUUGCUGCUGACAAUUUUGAAUGGAAUUUUCGCUCGGGCGCAAGGAAGGUGAUCAAGCUCCUGGCGGAGCCCCUGAUAUCUUACAAACUUCGCCUUCAGCGGCCUUUGUCAGGCCUAUCACAAGGCACAUUGGCACCGGAUUGUGAUGCACCAUGGAUGCAGAAAGUGUACAAAACCCGCGCAAAUUUUGGCACGGAUGGUACGACUGAACUGCAAAUGGAUAUGCUCCCUAUUGAUGUUGUUGGUAUUGAUCUUCUUGCUGAGGAGCCGAAUCCACCACUGGAGGCAGCACCUGCCCAAGAAAUUCUCGAAGGGGAUGAAGAAGAUGACCUAGAGGUUGCUAAUGAGGGACCCCCGGCGACACCUUCGAAGUCUCGACCCAAAAAAAGAUAUGAUAUCUUCGCCAUUGAGAAAGUCUGGAUAUUUGAGACAGUUGCCAAGCUCGGUGCUGCUGAUGCUGUCACUGCAUGGGAGAAGGAACAAGCUGCGAAGGCGGCUGCAGAAGAGGCCAAGAAAGCCAAGAAAGCGGCACCAAAGAAACCUGCCACCAAACGUGCUGGGCCCAAGAAGAAAGGCCCCAUAGAUCCGGGAAUGAAGCAUGGAAGCAUUCUCAAAUAUGGAAUGCUCACGAAGGAGAAAUCAGAGCUGUCGUCAUAUAACAAGGCGCACUUAUUAGAAGCCGCUUCAUCUCAGUCGACAGCAAAGGAACCUUCUCCUGGUUUCCGACACCCACCUUCGUUCGAGGGCAUUAUUGACCUUGAUUCGGAUUCUUCUCCAAGCAUGUACCCUCAGAAUCAAGCUUCCAGUCGAGUGCGUUACGCCUCCCAAGAGCUUGACGACCUUAUCAGCUCAUUUUCCUCUUUAUGUACUGCACCUUCACUGCCAGGAGUCAAGCGUCAUCCUAUGGCAGGUCAAAUUUCAAACCCAUCUCGCGCAGUGGUCUCAUCCGCUGGAGAAGUGGAACUUGUGGAUGCAUCCAUAGUUUCACUUACUGAGGAGACGAUUGUUUCGUCCCAACAUCCGAUGCCAAAGGGACUGAAAAUGAGUUACUCGAUCUCGGCCGACGAAGCUUUGGAGUCAUCUCCAGAUGUUGUCAGACAGAACCUGGCAAUCUCCCCAGUAAAAAAAACCGCUCGCCGCAGGCCCACAAAAUCGGUCAAAUGCCCGCCUGUCACAGAAGACUCUGGCAACAUUGAAUGCCUGGAGAAAGGUGUGAGCUCUCUAUCAUUGUCAAUUAAUCGCGAGGACAAACGUAUCCCAGUUACGGCCACGCCGCUGGGUGCAGCUUCCUGCCUGAAAGAUGACAAGAAGCGAGUGAAUAAGUCAAAAGAGAAGAAGCCGACACCAGAUCCUAGACAAACGCCCACUCAUGUUGAGAACCUCUAUACAGAGAAUGGCUUCUGGUCGUUUUACGAUCCAGACCCGGAGUCUACGAGCGAAGGUGCAAAGCGCAGUCGAAGAAGAGACAAAACGCAAUGUAUCUCACGCGUGUGUGUCAUUGAUAUGACUUGA